AUGAAGAGGAAAAAGUCGCUGGCGCAGGGACGGCCGCCGACAGUCAAGAAGCCGGCUGCGUCGCUGUCAGCCAGGGCAACCCGAGACCUCAUCCGGAGCCACCACCAGCUACACAAGGCGCGCGCAAGGGCAGCAGCAGAAGGCAACGAGGAGCUGGUGCGGCAGCUGGACAGCGAGAUAGCCGCGAAGGGCGGGCUGAAGAGCUACCAGAUCGCCAGCAAGAAGGGCCAGUCGAAGGAGCGCGGAGGUGAUUCCAGCCAUGUCCUGCUGCAAUGGCUGAAGCCCAAGUUACUCGGUGCCAUUCAGGGCCAGCCAGACAACGGCACAGGCAAACUGCGAGUACUAGAAGUUGGCGCGUUGAGUAGUAGGAAUGCUUGCUCGAUGGUGAAGGCGCUGGACGUUACGAGGAUCGACCUCCAUUCGCAAGAGGCGGGAAUACUGCAGCAAGACUUUAUGGAACGGCCAUUGCCAACUACCGAUGGGGACAGGUUUCACAUUAUCAGCUUGUCCCUGGUGCUCAAUUACGUCCCCGAUCCCGUGGGCAGAGGCGAGAUGCUACGCCGGACAGUCGAGUUUCUCACAUCGAGUGUCAAGGACGACGUUCUGCCAGCGCUCUUCCUAGUACUACCGGCUGCCUGUGUGUUGAAUUCAAGAUACCUGACCGAAGAGAGGUUAGACGACAUCAUGGCAUCGCUCGGAUACCAGCAGCUACAGCGGAAAGUGUCCUCGAAGCUCAUUUAUUACCUCUGGAGGUACACUGGUGUCCACGUUAGGACCCAGGGGGCUGCCUUUCCAAAGCAGAUCAUCAACCCGGGGCCAGGCAAGAAUAACUUUGCCGUUGUCUUGAAACCUUCUGCUUGA